CUUAAGGGUAAUAGCCUUCCUCAUUUCUAUUCUUUUUUUUAAUCUCCAGGUGAAUAUUGGAUUGAUCCAAACCAAGGCUGCUCCGGAGACUCGUUCAAAGUGUUCUGUAAUUUCACAGCUGGAGGGGAAACCUGUAUUUAUGCAGACAAGAAAUCUGAAGGAGUAAGUGAUGCUACAUUAUUAACACGCUGACUUGCACAGGGGUUAAACUUUCAAAUGUCAUGUUUGUCAUCAUUAACUACUAAUAGCUGCAAAAUAACUAGGUAAAAUUGUUGUUUAAAGCGCAAGAUUCUUAUAAAAAAAACAAAAACAUUAUUUUAAAUUCUAAAAUAUCCCUUAAUUCAUGAAAUAUGUUUUUAUUUUUUACCCAGUAAUCUGAUGCAGAUGUGCUUGUGUACCCUUAAACGCCUUCUAACAACUGAUUUUGAAAAAAUAUCUCCUGCUCAGCCUAAUUGUAGAUUUUUUGCAAACUACAUUUUACCCUUAAUUUAUGUUCAGCCAAGUUCGAGAGCAUUCCAGUUUUGUAUUUUGGCCUAAAUGUUGCACUUUAGCUGUCAAGCCACUACAACUCAGUUUAGCAAAAACUAAACAAAAUAACAAAACUUUAGCUGAUUUAUGAUUAUUGCCUUUUUGACGUAAAGAUUUUGAAAUAACAGUAUGAACUGUUUUCAUUUUAUUUUUUUAUCACAAUCCUUUCUUCUGCCCACCUACACCCCAGUGCCGGCAGAUGGCUUACUUAAAGCAGUACAGUCAUCCACCACAAACAACCACCUCCCUCAAAAAAAAUUGAGUAUUUCAGAAGCAUAGAAUCUUUAGGAAAUACUCAUGUUGACUGUGUUGGAGUACCAUAGAAAUUCCAACCCAGUCAAGAGAUACACUGAAACAAAGUAGGGACUACUUUGACAUUAUAUACGUCCAACUCCUGACACUUCUGGAUACUGGGCAGAACUACUGUCAUCUAGAAGUGUCAAUUCCCCCAGCCGUCACCAGUGAAGGCUGCACGGAACUGGCUUUAUCUAUGGAGGAACCUGUGGUUUCUCAGGAUCCUUCAUCUACCUCAAUGCUGCACUCUCAUGCAUGCCGAGAGUACAGCAGUGACAUCAGCUCCUGGCACUUCUGAAGAGGACCCGCAGGAAGAAGAUGGUGUCGUCUGCAAGGGACUGGUUCAUGUACGUAGAACUCACCUUUAUGUGCCAUCUCGGACCCAGACCCCCAGCGAUAACGUCAUCAUCGGGGAUCUUUGCAAAUUCUGCAAAGUCCCCAGAUGAUGACAGUGCAGCUUUAAUAAACUGUAGAGAUAAGAAAAAUGAGAAGGAAAUGCCCAUAUUUGAAAAUGUAUUUGAUACACCAUUAUCUAGAUUGAUCAGCAUUGAGAUACUCAACUAUAUAUUUCUAUGAUUAUGCUGAUCCAUCUCUUAUUGAUGGGUUUCUUUGAUUAGCAUAUGGAUGGUACAGCUAGUAACCUCGUUUACAUUGAUGGCAGCAGACAUUUAAUUCUCUAGAACCUUAACCUAAUAUGUCAUACACAGAAAUGUAUCUGAAUACUAAAGGUCUAUAGUACAUAACAUUCAUUGUUGUAUAGGCUAAGUAUAGAUGUAAAGAUCGUUCCUAUACAGUUAUCUUUGCAGAGUGUAAACAGGCAUGGCUGCUGCAUUGUAUGUGACGACCAUUCCAGAAUCUGCUUGUAGAAUAGAGUAUUGUUAGCAGAUUGUCUCAAAAUGAUUUUAUUCACCUUCUUUUAUUGUUAACAGGUACGGAUAUCCUCAUGGCCUAAAGAAACACCUGGAUCCUGGUUCAGUGAAUUCAAGAGAGGAAAGUUGGUGAGUGAAGACACGCGUUUCGAGGCUAUCUACAUUUCCACAUACCUCCCCGCCCUAUUUAGUUAUUUACUCUUUUUAUGACUUACAACCCAAACAACUCUCUUACUAAUUAGAUUCACACAUGCCCUAAAGAUUGUUUACGCAAAACAAGAACAGUCAUUUUUUCAUUGAGAGUACUAUUUUGUUAUUUUAAACCAUGGCAUGAAUAGAACACGUCUGUUUUCUAUUGUUCUAAUGGAUGGUCUCAGCUAGGCUAAAGAAAGGCUAAUGAAAGAAAUACUUAAAAGGAAAAAUAUGAUUUAGAGCUCUUUGAAAGGUACUAACAAUUAUAUUAAUAUAAAAAGUAGAAGUUAUAUUAUGGGGGAAAAAAAACAAAUGCCACAAGUAGAGAAAUAGAAGAAAGAUCGCCCCAUGCUAGACACACUCAUAGAGGCUAUAGUACCUCGCUAAUAUUCCAUAACAUCCGUAAGGAUCCCAUCCUGUAUUGGAAUAAAUUGGACCUCUUCUACUUUGUCUUCUAACAGCUUCCAACUUGAAAGGUGGAUCAGCCCAAAAUUCAUAAAGAUAGUUUUUCUUUAGUAAUUACUAUUCAUUCACUGCCUAGUUAUACACACUUUCAAUGAAUGAUAUACUCAUAGUGAUCACAGUUCUGAUUAUCAAUAGACUAAGGGUUGCAAAACACUAAUAUCUGUCUUUGUCCCCAGCUUUCCUAUGUGGACAUUGAAGGUAACAGCAUCAAUCAGGUACAAAUGACCUUCUUGAAACUGCUUAGUGCAUCGGCCCGACAAAACUUCACAUACAGCUGCCAUCAGUCAGUGGCUUGGCAUGAUGUUGUGACAGACAGCUAUGACAAGGCGCUGAGGUUCCUUGGAUCCAACGAUGAAGAAAUUUCCUACGACAAUAGUCCCUAUAUAAGAGCAAUUCAUGAUGGCUGUGCGGUGAGUGUCUAGAUGUCCUUGUAUGCUGGUGUUUAUCUCUACAUGUAUAUAACUGAAAUACAUUAACACACUUGAAUAUGGUACAAUAGCCAGUGUGGCAGUUGAUAGUUCAGUUAGUGUUAGUCAAUAAAAUAAGUACAGCUAAGUUGUCUAAUAACAAUAUCUAUGUUCCUGAAAAUGUAUUAAAGGGAAUGAAAAUCUCAAAAAAUGUCCCCUUCCUUUAACCCCUUAAGGACCAAACUUCUGGAAUAAAAGGAAAUCAUGACAUGUCACACAUGUCAUGUGUCCUUAAGGGGUUAAAGCAAUUUUAUUAUUACCGUGCAAGUGCUAAAUGUGUGUAAACAUCCUAUAAACAUAAUACGGGGUAGAGGUUCUUAGGAUGAUCUGUAUUUACAUGACAUAAUACGAUGGCUAAAAACUUUUGCUUGUAUUUGCUUAGCUGAUCAGCAUGUGAAUAAUUAGCAAGUGCAAGAACUAUAUCAACAGACAACAUGCACAAAAGCUGUUUAGCAUUCACACCCUAUGCAGAAUUUGGUGUAAUAAUAUGUAAUUAUUACAUGGAGUAGCAAAACUAGCAAGCAACUUUGUUUGGAAAAUGUCCAGAAAAUAUUAUUGGUGGGAAGCUUUAACGCUAUGGAAAAGUGUAUAAUACAUAUAAUGUAGUUGCACAAUUUUAUAACUGGCUUUUCUGCUGACAUUAAGUACUGAUUACGUGCAGCAAUAGUAGGAGCUAUGCAAUCUUAAUUUUUCAAUGAAACGGAUAAACUGUAAAGUGCUUUCCAGACCAAUACACACGUCCCUGUAAAUUAGCUGAACUAAUUGCUUUUCCUUGCCUUUUUGAUGGACCUCUGUUUUAAUUUGUUUUGAAUCAGUAAUAAAUAUUAUAGCAAGCAUAAAGCAAUUAGAAAACUCUAUUGGUGUUGCGUGCUCUUGACUUAUGGAAGUGUUUCCCAAGUCCAAUGUGUUUACCAAUCAAUACAUUUUCUGAAUCAACAACAGCUCUGAAGCGCUAAAUGUAUUCAAUAGACAGAACAUCGGUGUAAAAGCAAUAUUUUAUUUAUUUAUUCACUGAAAGACAAUAAAUGGCAUUUCUCAGUGAAUAUAACACUAACUUGUUUAUAUGUAUUAUUCAUGUGUUCGUGCUAAUGAAUUAAACCAUUUUAGCUUCUCUGUAUUUUUGGUCAAAAAUAAGCCCCUUUUCAUUUAAAAGAUGGAUAUUUAGAAGAUAAUUAAUGGAGAUUUAUCUCUUCCCAAAAUAAAUUAUAUUUGAAUAACUUCAACAUAAGUAAACACCUAUGUCAUCAUUCUUUUUCAUGUGAACAGAUGCCUUAUAAUGACAAAAAAAAUUAAAAACAAAAUUAUAAAAAAAGCAGAAAAGAAGUUAUUUCAAAGGAUUCAUUGCUUUUUAUCCUGUUUCGCUUAUGCUUGUUUAUUUUCCAAUAGAUUGUGAAGACAUCAUUAGGCGAAUAAAAUUGCAAAGAGCGAGUGAUAUAAAUUGCAAUGUUUGAUACGAGUAAAUAAACACAGAUUUGUGGUGACUUGAGAAUCAACUUGCAAAUUAAGGCCAGACUAGCAGAACUGAAAAAAAAAAAAAAAUUCAACACAGAUUAAUUGGAGAUUUUAUCCACUUGUGCUAUUUUAGUCUAAAUUUUGCAUGUUCGUUUUCAAGCUUGCUGUUUCUUGUCUCUAGCAUGCCCAUCAUUUUAUCAUUAGUGGAUUGUUUUUUGAGAAUCAUAUGGAAAUAAAUAUUUCAAAAUCAUCAGAAACAAUACAUUUUCUCCCCUAUUUUUUGUUUAUUUUACAUAAAAUUACAAAUAAUGUUUUAAGGUUAAAGUUAUAAACAUAUGGAAGUUAUGUAAUUAUGGUAUGUAUCUUGCAUUAAAUUUUACAUUAACAAUCUAACUUUUACAUAUUUCAAUACAGUUUAAAAAUCAAUAAUUUUACAACUAUGUAUACAAUAGCAUUAGCAACAACUAUUCUAAACAAAUACCGUAUAUACUCGAGUAUAAGUCGACCCGAAUAUAAGUCGAGGCCCCUAAUUUUACCCCAAAAAACUGGGAAAACUUAUUGACUCGAGUAUAAGACUAGGGUGGGAAAUGCAGCAGCUACUGGUAAAUUUCUAAAUAAAAUUAGAUCCCCCAAAAAAUUAUAUUAAUUAAAUAUUUAUUUACAGUGUAUGUAUAUAAUGAAUGCAGUGUGUGUGUGUUUGUGUAGUGUGUGUAUAUAAUGAAUGCAGUGUGUGUGUAUGAAUGCAGAGUGUGUGUGUAUAUAAUGCAGUGUGUGUGUGUAUAUAAUGCAGUGUGUGUAUAUGAUGCAGAGUGUGUUUGUGUAUGUGAUGCAGAGUGUGUAACCUUGGUGGAGGGUGGGCAUUUUUAUUAUUAUUAUUUUUAUUUUAAUAUUAAAUUUUUUUAAAUUUUUUUUUAAUAUUAUUACAUUUUUAUUUUAUUAUAAUAUUAUUUAAAUUUUUAUUUUGAUACAUGGCCAGGGAGGGGGGCUAUAUUAUUCCCUGGUGGUCCAGUGGAUGGGCUGUGCAGGAGUGGGGCUGUGAGCAAGCUGUUACUUACCUUUACAGCAGCUCCGUUCAGCUCCCUUCUCCUUCGUGCCGUUCAGCUCCAGUGUAAAUCUCGCGGUGUGCGUGCCGCGUGGAGCGUUGCCCUGGUAACCCGUGGCAACAAUCUGACGACCGCGGCUCUCGCGAGACUUACAGUGGAGCUGAACGACACGGAGGAGAAGGGAGCUGAACGGAGCUGCUGUAAAGGUAAGUAACAGCUUGCUCACAGCCCCCAACAGGACCGCUGGGCUUGUAAUGAGCCCGGCGGUCCUGGUCUGUAUUAUGGCAAUGUAAGUUGCCAUAAUACAGACACUGACUCGAGUAUAAGACGAGUGGGGCUUUUUCAGCACAAAAAAUGUGCCAAAAAACUCGUCUUAUACUCGAGUAUAUACGGUAAUUACAAUAAUAAAGUCAGGACCAGUUAAAUACCAAGAUGUCUAACUCUUUCAUUACAUCAUGUAAUCUUGCUAUGUAGAAUAACAAAUGGCAUAGGUACAAAAAAAUGCUCUGUUAAGAUUUGUAAAAGAUAACCAUCGGUGUUAAUAAUUUAGAAACAUCAUAUAUGUUGAAAAAAGCACCCUUCCCCCAAAAAUGAUUAAAUGGGAACUGCCACUUAUUUAGAAUGUAUGCUAAUAAAUAAAACCUGAAAACAAAAUGAGCCGUUCCAUUUUCUUUUAAAAUUAUAUGAAAUAUUUGGCAAAUGAUGUAAAGUAGAUAUAACACUAACAAAGUAACUGUUCCUCUCUUAAAGUAAAUCAUCUGAUAUAUAAUCAAACUACAGCUUUUUACAUUUUAUAGAUAAAGAACAUAUAGCUACAGUUGUUUUGCUGCAUUUCAAUCUGAACUAAUACAAUUAUUUUUUCUUCUGUUUCAGCUAAGAAAAGGAUAUGGAAGAACAGUUCUUGAAAUAAACACCCUGAAGAUAGACCAGCUGCCUAUUGCAGAUGUAAUGUUCAGUGACUUUGGGGAUCAGAACCAAAAGUUUGGAUUUGAGGUUGGGCCAGCCUGCUUCUUAGGUUGAGACCAAAACGCGGACAAGCAGCUUAAUCUAAUUAAAAAAAUUAAAAUAUGUAAAAAAAAUAAUGUUUUUUUCAAAAAAAAAAAGAAAGCGUCAGGCUUGAUGGGAUACUACCGAAGACGUGGUCACCACAUGCAAGUUUUGAAUACGGAUGGUGCAGAGGGGAAGAAAAAGAUUAGAGAAUUACCUAGGCAGAAUCACAUGACUUAAACUGAAAGAGCGUUUGCCAACAUAUGAAGGACUAAUAUGCAAUACUCUAGGGCCAGCCAUGGCUUCCUGCCAUGUGAAACUUAUGGUGCUGAAAAAAUAUCUUAAAGAAGCUUUGUCCAUAACAGGUGCUAUACAUUUCUUGUAAAUGGGUCGACCAAAUAUAUCAUGUCAUAUUUUUUUUUUCUUCGUACCUAGUUCAAGGCUUGCAUGUCCUUUUCCAAAACUUGCAUGUGACUGUGGUUUGAGCCUUGUUCAUUAAGAGCAAAGAAACAUAAUAGGUUCUCCACUGUGUAAAACAAAUACAGUGUCUGUAUUGUGCAAAAUAAUGUAAAACCAGUGGACCACAACCCAAAUUUUCUCACCCGAAAUAAAGUCCCUUUGUAUAUAUUGAUGUGGAAGACCUCUCUUAUUUGCUGUUGCUAAACAAAAUAAAUAAAUAUAUAUAUUUACAGUCUUUAUAUAUAAAGCCUCAGGUUGCCAAACUGGAAGACAAAAUAGGAAAUAAUCUAAAUUACCAUUUUUUGUGCUUAGUUUUUGCAAAAUGAUACCAUUUUUGGUGCAAUAUUUGGAUGGUGCUAAUACCUCAUUCCAGGGUGUCGUGACAUGCAUGUAUAUACCUAAAAUACUUUUUUUUUUUAUUAUUAUUAUUUGUGGUCAGGGGAAAUAUGUAUUAAAAUAAAUAUUUCUGUAUAAGAUGUUUGUCAGUUCUGUGUGAAAUCUAUGGUCAAACGUGAAUUUGUAUGAAUUUAUGUAUCAUUGAGGCUUGUGCAUUUUCCACCUUAAUAUUAAAACUAAACUGGAAACGGUUUUCUAUGCAUUUGUUACGUGUUUGACAAUACUUUUAAGAGCAGUUGUUUUAAAGCAAUGUUCUUAGGUAUUGUAUGUUAGUGUUAAUAUUAAUAUCAUACAGAAGAGAACACAGGGAUGUACUGGGCAGCACUAGGCCCUCCGAAUUGUAAAUUGAUGCAUUUUAAUUGUUUGUAUGUCUGUGCAUUUUAAUGUAUAAUUUAUAUACAUGUACAAAUAUGCACAUACGUAUAAACCUAAUAUGUUUAGGUCAUGUGAUUCUAUCUGUUUCCAUAGCAAUAUAAGAGGGGCUGCUAAUUACACAGGUUCAUUUGCCAUCUUAAUAUUUCUGAUUACAAUUCUAAAGUUAUUCUGGUUUUCCUCCCCUUUCUGGUUUGAAGCUGGAAGUAAAGUUAAUGAUUUUAACUUUUAAAAAAUAAAAUUAUUUUGUAAUUAUUUUUCAUAAUAUAUGUAAGACUUGAAAAGUGUGUGUUACUCUUUCAUAAAUAAACUGUUAAAUUAAUUGGUCUCAGAUCCCACUAGUUCAUUUCCCAGUGACAUUUAAUUAACAGAAGAAAGAAUUAAGCUUUUUUUUUUUUUGCUGUUUAAAGUCCUUUAUUUUAUUUUUAUUUUUUACCCAAAAUUUGUCACUUUCACCGCAAAGAAGUUUUGAGAAUGUUAUCAAUAAAUAAAUUCAAGUCUUGUUUAA